CUCUUUCCCUACCGACCGAGAGGGAGAUGAGCGGUGGCGUGCGGAGGGUCCUGGAGGCGUGGAGGCUCGGCGUGGUGAAGUACGGCGAAGCGCUCCAGCUGCAGGAGCGUCUCGUCGCGGACCGCAAGGCCGGCCGCGUCGGCGACCUCGUUCUGUCGCUGCAGCACCCGCCGACCUACACCCUGGGCAAGCGGCGCGAGAAGGCGGAGCGGAACCUGCUCGCGCCGGAGGCCGACCUGCGCGCCCUGGGCGCCGAGAUCCACCGCACGGAGCGCGGCGGCGACGCCACGUUCCACGGCCCCCGGCAAGCCGUGCUCUACCCGCUCCUCUCGCUCCGCACCUUGGGGCUUGGCGCGCGGAGGUACGUCGAGGGGCUCGAGUCCGCGAUGAUCCAGGUCGCGGCGCUGCACGGCGUCUCCGCGAGGCCCGGGGACCCCGGCGAGACCGGGGUGUGGGUCGGGGACCGCAAAAUCGGCGCCAUCGGGGUCAGGAUCUCCUCCGGGUUCACGUGGCACGGUCUGGCAUUUAACAUUGACCCCGACCUGGAGUACUUCGAGCACAUCGUGCCAUGCGGCAUCGCCGGCAAGGGGGUGACGUCGCUGCGGCGGGAGGUGGGGGACGGAGCGGAGCUCCCGGCCGACGGGGUCAUCCAUGACCAGCUCGUGGGGUGUUUGGCGACAACUUUGGGUUUUACUGAUGUGGAAUUCAAGGAUGAUUCUGAGCGUGGAGACCUGAUCGGAGUUACAGCUUCACAGUACUGACGCCUGAUUCAGUUUUGCGUUAGAACGUCCUGUAAUCAAAUUUCGGAAUGUUUUUUUUUCUUCAUCAGAUACGUCCUGUGAUCCAUUUUUGAAGCACAGCUUGUCCAGGAAAGGCACAACUCUGUCUGUACAUUGUUUUUAGAAUUCGAAUCGUCAGUGAAAACUGAUUGCAGCAGGCAACUG